AUGAGACAGGCACGCCGACUGAACCACUUCCACCUCAGUUGUCUCCGUCGCAUCCUGAGGCUGAACUGGCAGGAUCGAAUCCCCGACACGGAAGUACUGGAACGAACGGGAAUCCUCAGCAUCUACGCCAUACUGAGACAAAUGCAGCUGCGCUGGAGCGGCCACCUGGUGCGCAUGGAUGACGAGCGACUACCCAAACGACUCUUCUACGGAGACGUUGCGACGGGUUCUCGUCGUCAAGGAGGCCAAAUUCGCCGUUACAAGGAUACCCUGAAGUCCUCCCUGAAGCGCCUGCAAAUCAACCCGACCAACUGGGAAGAGCUCGCUCGCGAUCGCCCGACAUGGAGGAGAACAGUGAAGACGGGAGCUGCCAUCUAUGAAGCCAACCGCAUCGCCGCUGCCAAAGCGAAACGCGAAGCCCGCAAAUCACAACUUCGCCCAGUCCGCAACGCCGCCGCACAACCUCUCCCUACGUGUCCUCGAUGCCACCGGACAUUCCGGGCACGAAUCGGACUUGUUGGACAUCUUCGAACCAACUGCACCUCUCGAACUGCUCCAGCCAUCGUGCCCCCGCCCGCCUCUUCCUCGCCCUCUCUGCCACCAACUAACUCUGACACUCCGGCCACAUGCGCAUCCACGAGAGCGGAAUUGACCGCAGCCUUGACACACCCACCCCGCCGAGCCCCACUCCCAAUCCACCACCUUGUGCACCCACUAACCACUCCCCAGCCGACAUCGACGCCACCGACCUUACCACCCCUCACUCCUCCCCUUCCUCCUCCUCUUCCUCCUUCACUGCCACAACGACGGCCGCUUCGGCGUCUGUCGCCCACGACCUCACCACAGCCGAACCUGACACAACAACAGGCACAAGCCCUUCAACCUCCAUCAUCCGACGUGAGGGCCAGGGCUACAUCUGCCCUCACUGCGAUCGCACCUUCACUUCACGCAUUGGCCUGGUCGGUCACUUGCGAAUCCACGAGAGCGGAAUCGACCACAAUUUCGAUACAGCCACGACAUCCAACACAUCCACCACGCCCAGACCCAUCCUCGCUCCACCGUCACACGCGCCGACCACCACCACCACCGCCACCACCACCAACACCACUGCUUCCUCUACAGCUGACACCGACACCGCCGACCUCUCAUGCCCACAUUGUCCACGCACCUUCACGUCACGCAUCGGCCUGGUGGGUCACUUGCGAAUCCAUCGCACAGAGACUGGCGAACCAGUGCCUGGAGCACCAACCUACACCCACCGCACUCGCCUCCACUGCCCACACUGCCCUCGCACCUUCACGCAUCGCAUGGGUCUAUUCGGCCACAUGCGCAUCCACGACGACCUGCGGUAGACAACCGCCGGUCACACCACACAUCCCCUCACCCCCUACCUCCUAA